AUGGCUGUCAAGUACCCUCGGUUUUACUCGUCCCCCGUGGAUCAAGAAACCGACUCAACCCCUCUAGAAGUAUACGGCCUAGAGCAGCGAGAACCCUCCAUCUACGCCAAACCUCCCAAACUACUCCGCCGAGUCUCACAUGUCCUAGGCGAUAUCCGCGAAGACUUCUCAAUGGACGCUCGCCAAACCACCGAAAAGCUCAAGCGCCGCUCAACCAUGUUCUACGACGGACCUGGUUACACUGCUCCCCCAUCUCGCCCAGAGGCUCCGAGGACAUCUCACGGACCCCCGCGAUCGCGGCCAAUGUCCAUCAUCUCUUUCGAUAAUUGGUCUUCUCCGACACGAGGAAUGAGCCAGCGGAUCUCCCGCCGGUUAUCGGUUUUCUCUUCGCGAGGCAAGCCUACUAGCUCCAAGGAGGCCAGCAUAUCUUCGCCGAAUCUGAUCGGUUCAUCAACUCAAUACGCGAACAGGAGCCAAGCUUCGUUCAUUUAA